AUGUCAAGGCCUCUAUCAUUGUCCCAACAGAGUCCCGAAUUCAAAGGCAUUUCCGCUUUCAACAUUAUUUACGAGGCUGGCCUCGAUAGCGAUAGUCGUCCGAUUCUUGUUUUGAACGCAUGCAACUUACCUGAUCCGAACUCAAUCGACUAUGACCUUAUCCUAGCUUUCAUUUUGACGCGCCUGGAUGAGUUUGUGGAAAACGACUAUGUCUUGGUCUUCUUUUCUUCGCCUGCAAAGUAUCGCCCUCCAUGGAUGUGGCUCUUGCGUGCAUACCGAGCGCUGGAUCGCAAAUACAAAAAGAACCUCAAGGCCUUAUACGUCGUACAUUUGACACGCACUUAUCGUAUCAUUUUUGACCUCGCCAAUCGCAUCACUAGUCCGAAGUUUGCUCGCAAGCUGCAUUACCUUUCAUCCUUGCAGGAGCUAUUUGGUGCAGUACGCUUGUCAUCCAAGUUUAUCCCAAGGCAGGUCAUCGACUAUGACACCAAUCUACCACCUAUUGCGCCUUCUGCUGGUUGGGGAUCUUCGCAAAAAUUAGGUGUGAUCGAUCCUGUGCAUAGACCUUUACCCUCCAAGGCUUUUGGUUUGACGCCUGAACAUCUUGCACAGCUGGAUAACGCUGCUGAUACCGAGAAAGAUACCUAUGUACCAAGUAUUGUGCGCCAAAUUGUGGAUCAUUUGGAGGCUCGAGGAAUGGAUAAGGAAGGCUUGUUCCGAAAAUCACCCGCCAGUGAAGAGUUGUCACGUGUCAAGAAGGCAUUCAAUCGAGGUGAAAAGGUGGAUCUUACACAACAUGAUAUCAACGUGGCUGCUUCAUUGCUCAAGGUGUUCCUCAAAGAGCUUCCCGACCCUCUUAUUCCAUCACAAUUAUGUACGGAUCUUGGAAAGCUACCAGAGCCUGAGACGUGUCCCGAUGAUGUGCUUAAGCGGGUGAAAGAGAGUCUUCAACAAGAAUACAACAACAGACCUUAUCAACGCAACUUGCUGGUUUACCUUGUACGGUUCCUUGUUCGAGUAGUGCAGCAUGCUGACAAGAACCGGAUGACAGCACACAAUAUCGCCGUCGUAUUUGCACCCAACCUUAUUCAUGAUGGCAGUGAUUCGAAUGCGAUGUCUGGGUCCCAACAAGAAGCCAUUGCUAACGCAGCAAUGUAUAUGAAACGCGUAAAUGAGGGAAUGGCAUUGAUCCAAUUAUUGAUUGUUCACCACGAAAAGGUGCUGCCCGUAUAG